AGAAGAGGAGGAUGCUGCAAAGAUUCCGUUACACACUCCAGUAGCAUCUCUGGAGGAAGGCUUGGUUGUCUUGUCUGUCUGGUUGGCCGGCCGGGAGUCGCGCGCGCGCGGGAAAGGCAGCUCAACAAACGGAGGAGCAGGCCCCACGUCCACCACCACCUCAUCCUCCACCUCCACCAUUGAUUUCCUCGCGCCACUCCACUCACUUCAUCACUCCACUCCACCACUGAGGAGUUCUCGCGAUGAGCUCAGCGACGUCAGUGAGUGCCUUUGCCAUGGCGGCUACCUCCUCUGCGGCCGCCGCUGCUCCACCUCCGUGCCGCUUACUCGGCUCCGGUCAGGCACACCUGCGCCUUCCUCCUUCUGCUGCUGCUGCUGCUGCUUCAGCUCGUCGCCGCCUGCUCCUCCGCUGCGCCGCCUCGGGCGGCAACGGGAAAGGCGGUGGUGGCGACGGCUCCGGCUCCGACCCGGUUCUUGAGGAGCGGCGGCGGCGGCGCCAGGCUGAGCUGGCGGCGCGCAUUGCGUCCGGCGAGUUCACCGCCCAAGGCCCCGCGUGGAUUGCUCCCCUCGCGGUGGGGCUUGCCAAGCUCGGCCCACCGGGGGAGCUCGCCGCCGCGCUGCUCACCAAGGUCGCCGGUGGCGGCGGACCGGAGAUACCGCAGGCGGUGGGGUCUAUGAGUGCGGUGACAGGGCAGGCUUUCUUCAUCCCGCUCUAUGAUCUCUUCCUUACCUAUGGCGGCAUCUUUCGCCUCAAUUUCGGCCCUAAGUCUUUCCUCAUUGUCUCUGAUCCAGCUAUAGCUAAGCACAUCCUGAGGGACAACUCCAAGGCUUAUUCCAAGGGUAUUCUGGCAGAAAUUUUAGAGUUUGUGAUGGGUACGGGUUUGAUCCCUGCUGAUGGGGAGAUUUGGCGUGUUAGGAGGCGCGCCAUUGUACCAGCAAUGCACCAGAAGUACGUUACCGCAAUGAUAAGUCUCUUCGGAUAUGCUUCAGAUCGGCUCUGCCAGAAGUUGGACAAGGCAGCAACGGAUGGGGAGGAUGUGGAGAUGGAAUCUUUGUUCUCUCGACUAACACUGGAUGUCAUUGGGAAGGCAGUCUUCAAUUAUGAUUUCGACUCAUUGUCUUACGAUAAUGGAAUAGUUGAGGCAGUGUAUGUGACACUGCGAGAAGCAGAAAUGCGGAGCACUUCUCCUAUACCAACUUGGGAAAUACCCAUAUGGAAAGAUAUUUCCCCGCGGCAGAAGAAGGUCAAUGAAGCUCUUGCGCUGAUAAAUAAGACUCUUGAUGAACUAAUUGACAUCUGCAAGAGAUUGGUCGAGGAAGAAGAUCUGCAGUUUCAUGAAGAAUACAUGAAUGAGCAAGACCCCAGUAUCCUCCACUUUCUUUUGGCAUCUGGAGAUGAUGUCUCCAGCAAGCAACUCCGUGAUGAUCUGAUGACAAUGCUCAUUGCUGGCCAUGAGACCUCUGCAGCAGUCUUGACAUGGACAUUUUAUCUUCUAUCUAAGUAUCCAAAUGUAAUGGCCAAACUCCAAGAUGAGGCUGAUACUGUUCUAGGUGACCGUUUACCAACAAUUGAGGAUGUGAAGAAAUUGAAGUAUACUACUAGAGUAAUUAACGAAUCAUUGAGACUCUAUCCACAGCCACCAGUUUUAAUUCGUCGCUCUAUUGAGGAGGAUAUGCUGGGAGGGUACCCAAUUGGCCGGGGAGAAGACAUUUUCAUAUCCGUGUGGAACCUACAUCAUUGCCCAAAGCAUUGGGAUGGUGCAGAUGUUUUUAAUCCAGAAAGAUGGCCUUUGGAUGGACCAAAUCCAAAUGAAACAAACCAAAAUUUCAGUUACUUGCCAUUUGGUGGCGGACCAAGGAAAUGUGUAGGUGACAUGUUUGCCACUUUCGAGACUGUGGUGGCAACUGCAAUGCUUGUCAGGCGCUUUGAUUUUCAAAUGGCUCCAGGAGCUCCUCCGGUUGAGAUGACAACUGGAGCAACGAUUCACACAACUGAGGGGUUGAAAAUGACUGUUACUCGGAGGACAAAGCCACCUGUAAUCCCAAACCUAGAGAUGAAAGUCAUUUCUGAUUCACCAGAAAACAUGAGUACUACUACAUCAAUGCCCGUUUCUGCUGCUAGUAUUGCUUCAGGAGAAGAUCAACAAGGGCAAGUCUCAGCAACUCGAAUCUGAGUUAUGACAGCCUCAGCAUUGCCACGACAUACAGAUUGAGCAUACAACACUGGAGGUCUCAUAGUGUGCUUAUUGUACAAAGAAAAGCUCUCCGGUUAUUUUCUCAGGCUUAUCUUGGUGAUUCGCGCUACAACACUCUUACAGAUUAGAGAUGCCUGCUAUUCAAAAACACCAUGGCAUAUAUUUACAUAUAUACAACAAGGCCGAAGCAUAUGGACCACUGCACGUCUAAACCUCCAGCAGGGCUUCCAACUCGCGAAGAACGUCAGCACGGGUAACUAUACCUGUUAAUAGUGUUUGGAACUCCAUUUAGCAUGCAACAUACUCUGAAUUAUCAAUGUUAAGGAUGGUAUAAAAUCAAGGGGAAAAAAUGAAAGCCCUUUUUUUUUCUGUAUUGGCCACUGCUCAAAACUCACCUAUCACUUGUCUGUCCUGAUUUACAAUUGGUAAUCUGUGGAUCUUCUUCUUUAGCAUCAGAGCUGCCGCAUCUGUAGACAUUGCAUAUGCCUUGUUAGCUUAACUGGUAGCUAAGUGGAAAAUAACCAAAAAAAAUAAGGGCGAAAACAACGAUGGAUUACCCAUUACUGUUUUGUCAGAUGGUAGAGUGAUGGCUGGAGAGGUCAUCACUUCUGCAAUCUUCGUCUUUGACUGUUACAAGAAGCAAUAGAUCAGCACUUAUUUUUGUUGUUGAGUAUGUGCGUGAGUGAGAGGGAUAUGUAUCAUGUAUGUGUGUGUGAGAGGAGAAAGAGAGCUGACCCCAUGAGAAGCCCUGGCCCGGUCACUCUUGACGAUCACUCCAACACAUCUGAGGCUGGCAUCUAUAACUGGGAGACCUGAGACCGUCUCAAAGUGGCACUCAACCUCCUCCAGCGUCUGCUCGGCAGUGGCUACCAGCACAGGCGCCGACAUGGCUUCACUCAGGAGCGCCACACGCUGGUCAAUUCACCAACCAUGCAACCAGUUCAGAGUUUAGCAAGAUCUUAAGAAGAAGAUCGACAGUUGGUGAUCUGAAGAAGAAGAAUCUAUGUAUAUAUGGUGUGAUCAGUGCACCUGGUUGUCGGCUUGAGCAGCGGCCUCCUGUGACUGGAGGUAGGCGCGGAGAUCGUCGUAGCUGAGCAGGGAGAAGUUCUCCGGCCACUCACCGGAGAUGAUGGCUUCAGGGUUCUCGUCGAUCUCUAGCCGGAGGCUCCCGUCCAUGAACGUCGAUGCCCGGCACCGGAAGGUUGGUGAUCCCCUCCCUCCUCCGAUCUUGGUACCAUUGAUCUUUGCUCCCUUGAGGACGGAGCAGCUCUGGAAUGUGUUGAU